UCCCCCCUCGAAUACGUUCUCGACCAAACUUCUCUCUCCGCUGCUCACCUGGUGAGGAGGUGAUGUCUUUGCACAUCUACAUAGCUCACACUGGUGAGCAUUUUCUCGCUGAUCCGGUGUCUUUGGCCUCCCCGGAUGCACUGCGAACAUGGAUCACUCGCAACACAUCGAUUCCCUCCCAAAGGCAGAUCUUGAUGACUGCCCGGGGAAAGAAUGUCAAGGCCCAAACACUUGCCACGGAGACCGAGAUCUUUGUGUAUGAUAGACGCUAUGUCAGCGAGCCAACCACUUUCGAGCUUCCGGAACUGCCUCCACCACAGCCACUGACUCCCGAGAACCCUCCCGAUACCUUGACGAACCAGAACGAUCUACAAGCAUGGAAGUCUCUAUAUAGUGCCAGGAAGGACUGGGCCCUGAGUCUCACGGAGCGCUGCGCAUCCGUGGAUAAACAGAUUCAUGAACACAAUGAGCGCACAGACAUCAUCAACCGAGCAGCUGGCGUAGCUCUCGAAAACCUUAAGACUCACGUGGGGACCUUGGAGCAUCGCUUCCAGGAAGCACAGACAUGGGCGAACGGGUUGUUGAAGGAUCAACAUGCCGCGUUGGAUGGUUGGAGGAAGGCCUUUGCAUCGUUGGAAACCAUUCCGGCUCGGAAGGAUUUCAACUUUCUAGGACGUCCGUCGACGCCCACAAAGCGUGAAGAUCAGUUGAUGGGAACUCUACGCAACUAUGUGGAUGUGGAAGAAGUGCAGAGAGCUGGCUCGGAAGCCCCGGAGGAGUCGUCGCGUUUUGCACAGGAAGUUAGCAAUAUUGAGAAAAACGUUGGUACAAUCGCAGCAGAUACACAACGUCUUGUGGAUGAUGCUCUCCCUGCCGGUGUUGGUGGUGUGGAUGGUCUGCUGCAGGAAGUUGAAACUAUCUCUAAGAAGAUCCAAUCCGACUACGAACAUGUCCUGGCUCUAUCCAAUAAUCAAAAGGCGCUGGCGAAUAUAUCUAGACUCGCGCUCAGUCACACGAAAGAUCUACUCCCCUCGCUGCUGGACAUCGGUAGCGAACUCCAGGCUGGCCUGGAAGAAGCUGUCCAUCGGAAUAACGCCGCUAUCAAAGCGGCUUCUAGUCAUAUGCGGCUCAUCUCGUCGAUCGAGUCCCGGCUGGCUGAUGUGCAGACUCAGAUCAACAACCUCAAUUUUCGAAGCGACGCAUUUGACAUUAUUUACUCCGUGUUCCACAUGCCCAUGAUCUACGGCUCAGUAUUGAUUGAGGCGGCGCGGCGUCGCGAGUUCAGCGACAAGAUGAAAAAUGAUUCAUUGACCCUAGCGGAAGAGAUGUCAGUCUUUCGCGAGGAGGAGCAGCGGCGACGGAAGAAGUGGAUGAAGAAUAUGGGGGAGUUUUUAUCGACUUCGGACACCUCGACGCCUGGUAUUGAAGUCAACCUUCGAGGUCAGGAGUACGAAUGGCCAGUUGUCAGCAGAAAAGAGAUUGAGUCAUACAUCGAGGAGCUGAAAUCGAAGACUGGCAUGGCUCAAUUGGUACAGGAACUUAGCCAGCUUUACAAAGAGUUGGAUGCCCCUACCCGAUUACAGCGCCGCAGAUCCAAGGCCUUUAAACAAGGUAGUCUCUUUGAUCUCAGUCGAAGCUCCCUCUUGCUGCGUAGCGAUGACAUGGUUCGGAGCCUGAGAGACGAAAAGGGAAAACUUGAGGAGAGGCUGAAAGGCUCCGAGAGUCGCAUCAGGAAGUUGGAAGACCUCCUGCAUCGCCAGAGUCACAUGAGUCGACCUUCUAGCGGAAACUUCUCCCUAGACUUUCCCAACUCGCCUGCGUCACCUCACCCUGAUACGUUGUCGAGGCGGUCAUCUGUGUCCUCGCGACGGAUGUCUUCCAACCAAUCACCCGAGGAAAAAGCGCUCGUUCAACGUAUAGUGCAUCUGGAAGCGGAGUUGGCAGCAGAACGGGACACGGUACAGCGGCUGCAGAAGGAAGCGCAUGCGGAACGUCAAUCGAACACUGAUAAAAUUCAAGAAGAGCAGUCGACGAAGAAAGAUCUAAUUGGCAAUCUUGAAGCCCGACAGCGUGAAUUUGACGAGGAGCGAAGAUACCUCGAAGGCGAACUAAAACGGCUGAAGAUACGUACCGAGGAGGUCGAAGAAGAGCUGGAUAGGCAUCUGGAUAGUCGCGAGCACGAAAAACAGGACACUGAUGAGCGUAUUCACCUGCUUGAAGCCGAGUUGCAAGAGGCUCACGCUCGCGCCGAAGAGGAAUCGCGCAAAGCCACUGAACUACUAAAGCAGAUAGAAUCUGAUAAGGACGUGGCCAAUGAUCUUGGUCUCCGUCUAACUGAGUUACAGAACAUAAUUGCAGAAAAUGAGAAGCUGGAAAAAGAAAACCUUAGCUCUCUACAAGCUGCUUUUAUGAAUCUAUCUCCCGGCGGCUCUGUCCCAGCCAAAUCCAUGGACAUUACCAAGGCAAUCGAGGUGCUUUCUGAAGGGCUCUCUAUCCAUGCAAAGAAUGCAGAAGAGAAUGCUCUGCAGGCCGCAGCAGAGUACAAAGAGCUUGAAGAGCGCCUGAACCAGAUGGAGGUGGACACCGAAGAGUUGCGAAAGCGUGCAGACGCACGGGAAGCGGAUUUGUUUCACGUUCGUGAAGAGCUGGCACAUGAAAGAUCCAAGCUAGAGAUCGUCAAUUCUGAGCUGGAAGACGAGCGAUCAAAACUCAUUGCACUUCAAACCCAGUUUGCCGCCGGUGAAAAUGGCUCUGAUGCUCUCCGAGAGCGAGUCACGCAGGAAGAACGAAAGCUCACCAAUCUCUCUCAACGAUUGGCCGAGGUCGAGAUCCUAGCUCGCCAAUCGGAAGAAGAGGUCACGACCUGGAGAAAGAAGGUGGAGGCGAUAUCAGAAGCCGAGCAACGGGCUACGGUACGGUCAGAAACAUGCGGGCUUAGAUCCCAGCAGCUUUCUAAGCAGCUUUUCGAGCAGGUUGAGAAGCUGGAACGCAUGCUCGAGCAACUUGGGUUUACUAUUAUCCGGCAAGACGGAAACAUUGUUGUGCAAAGAUCUUCCAAAGUCAAUAUCAUGUCUGUCACGGGAGAAAGUCUUAGCCAGUCCGGAGUGGUCUCUGUGAAGCCAGACGCGAGUCUCCUAACUUGGAUGCACGCCGAAACCAAAGAGGAAGAGACCGAUAGGUUUAUGGCUUUCAUAGAGUGCUUGUACCAAUUUGAUGUGGACAUUUUUGGCGAGGCCAUCGUUAAGCGCGUCAAGGACAUUGAGACCCUCGCCCGGAAGUGGCAGAAGGAGGCUCGCGGGUAUCGUGACAAAUAUCACCGGGUGCAAAGUGAAGCUCACGACAAGAUUGCGUAUAGGUCUUUCAAGGAAGGCGAUCUCGCUCUAUUCCUGCCGACGAGGAACCAAGCAAUUCGGUCUUGGGCGGCGUUCAAUGUCGGCGCACCGCACUAUUUCCUGCGUGAGCAAGACGUGCACAAACUUCAGACUCGAGACUGGCUGCUCGCUCGCAUCACCAAGAUUGAAGAACGAGUUGUGGAUCUCUCCAAAUCGCUGAAUGGCGCCAAUCCUGACCGAAGGUCUAUUACCGAAGUCAGCGACGGCACUUCCUUCGAUGAUGAGAAUCCUUUCGAACUCUCAGAUGGUCUUCGUUGGUACCUUCUCGAUGCUACAGAGGAGAAGCCUGGAGCUCCCGCGACGCCAGGCCUCGGGAAGAGCACCGUUGCUCCAGCGCACGUCGACGCCAAGGGCAGCAUUCGGCUGAAGCGCACCUCCGCCGGCGGGGAUGUCGCCAAGACUCUAUCCAAAAGUCUUGAUAGUCGGCGGAACAGCUCCAAUUCGAAAAAGGCACCCUCUACACCGUCACAGCGCGGCAAUGAAUCCACCGUAGAUCUGGCCCGGCAGGCUGAGGAUGAUGCACCUGCUGCUGUGGCUACUAGCUCACGACCACGGGAGGCACCGUCUAAUGCCGACGAGGUUCGCCGCAACCCACUCCAGGAUCCGCAGAGCAGGAGAUAGUAAAUUGUCUGCGGUGGGUUGGUUGGUUGGGAGCUGACGAGAUGCAACAGGGUGCGGGCCAGAUCCCCGAUACUUCAUUCCGUCCACAGCCGCCGUUCAUCCCUGGCGCUAGAAGUUCCUCUUCGUCGGUGCGGCUGGAGGAUGUCGACGUCUCGUCCAUUCAUACGCCGGCUAGUCGGCGAACCUCACGUUAUCGUCCCUGGGAGAAGUUGUGGUCUGUCAACUACCGUGUAGAGAGCCAUGGUCGCCAGUGAGCUGAUGCAGCCUAAAAGUCCCAGCUCAGAAACAGCAGGCUGAGUCAUUGGAGGGUGGUGAUUUCGGAAACAUGGAACAUACGCAUGGGAUGGCAGAUCCAGGCCUGAUAUGAUACCCUAUGAAAUGGAAAUGGCUCACAUGUUUGAUAUCUUGCUUGCUUUCGAUUCUUUGCUUUAUCUGUCUUAAUUAGCCGGCGCAAACUAGACACAGGCACGUUGCUAUGGACUUUGAUUU